AUACAGAGAGCUGAAAACUGUAAACAAGGUCGAACAUAACCUGGCUCGUUAUUUAAUCUCGAAAAAUAUCGACGAAAUCGAGCUAUCUCAUUGUCAGCAAAUUAGAGUUUAGUUUUACUAUCAUAAGCUAUUAUUUCUUUUAGACAAAAUGUCAAGACAUCGGGACGUGCGUAGUAUCAACUACACAGAUGAAUGCGAAGGCUUAGAUGAUGUCUAUGGACAUUCGCUUGAGGAUGACUACAGCGUGUCGCCUAGCGUUGAGCAAUUUAUGUUUGAUCGGACUAAACAAUCAGACAUAUCAGCAUACAUCAGCAAAGGCAAAGAUGGAAUUGCAGAAGAAGAUGAGAACACUGAGGAAAUGUCGGUGCCCUCACAUGUGAGGCCACAACUGAACGACAUUGACGAGGCUCGCUUGCAAUCUUGCUUGGACGAAAUUCGCAAUGUUAUUGGUGACUCUACCCCAGAGAGAGUUCUUAUUGACACCAUAGUAAAAAAUGGUUUUGACAUUCACCGAUCACUUGAUGCAGUCCUAAACUCCAGUGCUAUAAAAACACCAAUAAAGGGAGCUUCUGAUGAACAAAGAGAAAAAGUUGUUGUCGUACCAAAACAAGAAACAAUGAUCAUGACUUUGAGGACUCCUGAGCUGGCCAAAGUUUCAAAGGCUAAAACGUUGAGCGUCACCAAAGGAUUCGACAUCACGCCAAAAUCGGGCCAAAAAAUUUCAGGCACAAAAGCUGAGCCAAUGGACAUUUCACCUCGUUCCCAAUCUCCUAGUGUGGAGUCAGCACCUGAAAAGCUCAAAAUUGAUGUAGAAAAAGAGGCAGCUCUUAUAAAAAAUAAGGAACUUCGAGGGGAAGCUGCUGUUGCCCGUUACAAUGAGGAGCGAUCUGGAACCAAACCUCUGCUGCACAUGGUGGUGAUUGGCCAUGUUGACGCUGGCAAGAGUACUUUGAUGGGCCAUUUGCUCUUCGAUCUUGGCCAGGUGAACCAGCGAACAAUGCACAAGUAUGAGCAGGAGAGCAAAAAAAUUGGGAAGCAGUCGUUCAUGUACGCCUGGAUUUUGGACGAGACUGGAGAAGAAAGAACCCGAGGAAUCACAAUGGAUAUUGGACAGUCGAGGUUUGAAACAGCUUCCAAAAGCGUUUUGAUUCUUGAUGCACCGGGCCACAAGGACUUCAUCCCAAAUAUGAUUAGUGGGGCAACGCAGGCAGACGCAGCUGUGCUUGUUGUGGACGCAGGAAGAGGCGAAUUUGAAUCUGGGUUCGAGAGCGGAGGCCAGACAAGAGAGCAUGCUUUGCUUGUCAGGUCGCUAGGUGUCAGCCAGUUAGUUGUUGUUGUCAACAAACUCGAUACAGUGGGCUGGGAUCAAACCAGAUUCCUGGAAGUCGCGAACAAGCUUGGUUCUUUUCUUCGACAGGCAGGCUUCAGAGAUGCGGAUGUUUGUUUCGUUCCUUGCAGCGGCCUCUCUGGUGAAAAUCUGACUAAAUCGCCCACUGAAGAUGCGCUACUGAAGUGGUACCAUGGACCAUGUUUAGUUGAGGCGAUCGACAAAUUCAAGAUUCCUGAGCGUCCCAUUUCUAAACCAUUCAGGUUGUCUGUGAAUGACAUUUUCAAAGGGACAGGAACAGGCUUUUGUGUCAGCGGAAGGGUGGAGGGUGGCUCCAUUCAGUCUGGCGACAAAGUUUUAGUGCAACCGCAAGGAGAAACAGCUGUUGUCAAAAGUAUCACCUUGGAAGAGAUGCCUUAUCAAGUGGCGUUUGCUGGCGACCAAGUGACUCUAACCCUUUCUGGAUUGGACAUGCAAAACAUCUCUUUGGGCUACAUAUUGUGCGAUCCAAUGUACCCUGUUCCUGUCACUACUCGCAUAGAAGCAAGAAUUGUUUUGUUUAACCUCCAAGUUCCCAUUACUCAAGGAUUCCCAGUGUUCUUCCACUCUCAAUCUCUUGUUGAGCAAGCUGUCAUCACCAAAUUGAUUUCCCAACUGCAUCGAGGUUCUGGUGAAGUGACUAAAAGACAUCCACGGUGUCUUCCCAAAAACACAAGUGCUGUUGUUGAAAUUACGCUAAACCGUCCUGUAAGCCUCGAGUUAUACAAAGAUGUCAAGGAGCUUGGAAGAUUUAUGUUGAGAUCCUCCGGAGUCACAAUUGCUGCUGGCUUAGUCAACAAGAUUUACUGAAAUCCCUACUCCGGCUUUUAAGCAAACCAUAGAAAAAGGUGGAUGAUAACUGACAAUGCCAUUGGGUAAUGUAUUUUCUUUGUUGAAUUUGAAAUUUGUUGCAGCUUCAGUUUUCAAUAAAAAUUGAAAUCAAAUUUAAGCUGCUGUUACAAAAUAACUACAUGGUAUAAAAUAAAGUGUUUUAUUAUUUCAAAUAA